GAUGCGGUGUGAAUUUGGACAAUGCUGCGCCGACGACGUCGAUAAAUCAGCUAAUACAUAAUUACAAUCAAUCACAGCAUGCCUCAAAGCAACUCAGACCUUUAUCGCAGGAAGAAUUGCUAGCCGGAAUUUUGGUAGAAUUUGAAAUGUUAUAUAAGGAAUUUUGUGAAUGCGGUUAUGAAUCGUUUUUGGAUGUUUACUACAAAAGAUGGUUACAUAGUGAUCAAAUCGUAACGCUAGAAAACCACGACAAUCGCAAAGCAAGGAUCCUUGGUAUAAAUAAUUUUGGAUAUCUGAGGGCCUUGACGCUAGAUACAAAUGACACAGUCACAUUACAACCAGAUGGAAAUCGAUUUGAUAUAAUGAAAGGCAUGAUUAGCAAGAAAUUGUGA